UCUGCUCGCGCCGGUUUAGGCCGGUCCUCUCCUGCUCCGGUCUAGUUCUUGAUUGACAGCCCGGCACUUGUUUACCACGGCGCGGCCGCCGCCGCUCGCCUCAAUGAGACUGCUGAGCUGGCACAAAAAGGGAGCGAGAAGGGAAGAAAAGGAGAGGGAGGCAAACUUUGGGCGCCUUCGAGGGGAGCGAAUUUAAAUGGCCCCCAACUCACCAGUCAGUUUUCGGUGCUGAAAUUCGUUCAGAGGAUUUGCAGAAGGGGCGAGGGAAAUAGUACUGAGAUUAAAGAGAAUCAUUGUGAUUUCUGAAUAAAAGUAUGCGCAUAUAGACGCUUUUUCCCCCUUUUCUCUUUUGAUGUAAGGGAAGCAUCACGUUCUGUAGCUUCAGUACUUUGGUGUGGAAAAGUUAAAUGACAAUACCAAUUUCAUCUACUUUCAUGGUUAAUGUUGGCUUCUACGCUGAAAAACUAUAUCACUAAGACAUUUAUCUAAUUAUACUAUCUACUCAGAAGGCUAAAAAAAGAAUCCAGAAUCCCCUCCCACAUUUUCGUUAAAUAUAUAUAUUUUGGAGAAAUUUUAAAAAUACUUGGCCUAAAGAAAAUGGGUUAUAAAAUGAAGGCAGUUAGAAACAACUUAGUGUUCAUUUUUCAAGGAUGUGGAACAGUGUUUCCCGAUGAUGAUAAUUCAGAAGAAGGCUUCAACACUAUUCAUUCAGGAAGGCAUGAAUAUGCAUUCAGCUUCGAGCUUCCACAGACACCACUUGCUACCUCAUUCGAAGGCCGACAUGGCAGUGUGCGCUAUUGGGUGAAAGCCGAAUUGCACAGGCCUUGGCUUCUACCAGUAAAAUUAAAGAAGGAAUUUACAGUCUUUGAGCAUAUAGAUAUCAACACUCCUUCAUUACUGUCACCCCAAGCAGGCACAAAAGAAAAGACUCUCUGUUGCUGGUUCUGUACCUCAGGCCCAAUAUCCUUAAGUGCCAAAAUUGAAAGGAAGGGCUAUACCCCAGGUGAAUCAAUUCAGAUAUUUGCUGAGAUUGAGAACUGCUCUUCCCGAAUGGUAGUGCCAAAGGCAGCCAUUUACCAAACACAGGCCUUCUAUGCCAAAGGGAAAAUGAAGGAAGUAAAACAGCUUGUGGCUAACUUGCGUGGGGAAUCCUUAUCAUCUGGAAAGACGGAUACGUGGAAUGGAAAGUUGCUGAAAAUUCCACCAGUUUCUCCCUCUAUCCUCGACUGUAGCAUAAUUCGUGUGGAAUAUUCACUAAUGGUAUAUGUGGAUAUUCCUGGAGCUAUGGAUUUAUUUCUUAAUUUGCCCCUUGUCAUUGGUACCAUUCCUCUACACCCGUUUGGUAGCAGAACCUCAAGUGUAAGCAGUCAGUGUAGCAUGAAUAUGAACUGGCUUGGUUUAUCCCUACGUGAAAGACCUGAAGCACCACCCAGCUAUGCAGAAGUGGUAACGGAGGAACAAAGGCGUAACAAUCUUGCACCAGUGAGUGCUUGUGAUGACUUUGAGAGAGCGCUUCAAGGACCACUGUUUGCAUAUAUCCAGGAGUUCCGGUUCUUGCCUCCACCUCUUUAUUCAGAAAUUGAUCCAAAUCCUGAUCAGUCAGCAGAUGAUAGACCAUCCUGCCCCUCUCGUUGAAGGAACACUUGGUUAAAUCAAGUUGAUGUGGGUUCUGAACUGUAUCUCUUCCCAGCUGAGGACAGAGAAGUAUCUUGGAGACACGUUUUCAGAGGAAGUGGAAUUGCUUUUGCCCAGAAAAAUGGCAAAUACAUGAAACAGCCAGUGAUCAUGCUUUAGAAGCCUACAGCAACAUUCUGGGACUGCUCCAACAUGCUUGAAGAUCUAAGCUUUUCUCCUUUAAAACAGGCACAUACUAAGAGCAGUCUUCUUAGCCUAUGGUCAUACGUGUCAAGACACCACGUUGUAAAGAGGGAUGAUUUCCUUCUUUUUAUUUGAAAAUUUGCACAUGCUCAAUGCUUACAUUGUGCAGUUCCGAUGUCACUACAGCUUUUUUUUUUUUUCCAUUUAUGCCAGACUCUUGAUACUCUUUAAAAACUUGUUUGUGGUCAGCACAACAAGGAACAAAAGAAAGCUUUGAAAAAACUUUAACAUGAAAAAAACGCACUGACUUUUUUUUUUUAAUUUAAUAUAGCCUGGACUUUACCUGCGUAUGCACAUGCUCAGAAAUGUCCUACUAGGCUGACCAUGUAUCACCUCUUCAGCUUGGAUCCUAUUGUGGAUUUAUUUACAAACAUCAAAUGCCUUCAAGCCAAUCCUUCUUGCUGUAUGUUUUGCAGCCUACUGUAGUAGAUACGCAACAGAUAUGUGGGAAAAGAGAUAAGAGGAGGAAGCUAAUAAGAGACUUUGUCAAGAUUGUAUACCUUCUUGGUUUCUUUUAAGAAUUUGUUGCCUUUCUACUAUUACAGCAAAGCAGCAUUUUGUUACUGACUGCCUAAAAUCACUUAAUCUCAGGUGAACGCAUCACUUGCCAAACUGUUGGAAUGCUAUUUGUGUUUUGUUGCACUGUUAUUUUGUUUGUUUGGUUGGUUGGCUUUUUGGAGAGGGAAAUUUGGAAAAGGGACAUACACAAAAGUGAUACCCCACCCACAUUCCCUUUUUAUCAUUACAUGAAGAAACUAGCAGAGCUAAGAAUGGAGUAAAGAUAGGCAGUAUGGCAGGCACCAGCAAAGAGUUAAGGGCUUGUUGCUCUUAAAAAUUAUUGUUAUUUUUAUUAUUUUAAGAGUAUGGAAAUUUUCCAGUCACUGGAGAGGAGGAGAAAGUGCAUUUAUUUUUAUAACAGAGUUACUUAAUUACCUCCAAAACACAUAUGUUGGAAAUCAUUUUUGCUGGUGCAGAGUGUUUUAAUGAGCAGGAAUAUAUAUAUAUAUUCAGGUUACGAUUAGAGAGCUUAAUUUAUACAUUUCCUAUCCUGCUCAAGCUUCUCAGAGCUUGAAAACCCAAGUUUAUUCUAAAACUGUAUAACUUCAAAAUUAUAAAUACUAGAACGUGUGCUGGAAUGAGAACUGUUUUCUAUUUUUGUGGUUUUUCUAGUGAAAGUAUUUUUUCCAUUACCUAAAGAACAUUUUGCUAAACAUGAGAAACCACUCACUUUGAGUAUAUAUAGAUAAGAGCAACCACAUCAGUAAAUUAUAGUUUAUAUUAAAGAUAAUUUACAGUUGGCUCAUAACAAAUAUACCAGCAUUCAUGAUGACACUUAAAAACCAUUUUCCAAGGUACCAAGUGUACUGAUGGUCUUAUUUUAGAAGGAAUUCAGCUCUGAUGUUUUUAAUGAAAAUCAGCAUCUGUGAUGUUGCAACAUACGUGUGAAAUGGGUGUUACAUCUAUCCUGCCAUUUAACCCCACAGUUAAUAAAGUGGCUGAAAAUAGUAACUCUGGCUUGGUGCUUGACCUGGUUAAAUACUGUCUUAAAGCUUCAUACAAAACAAAUAGGCUUUUCCAUAAGUGGCCUUUAAGAAAACAUGGAAGACAAUUCAUGUUUGAAAAAUGCUGACAGGGUGAAGAAAGCCCAGCGUAAAAACGAAUCGCGUUUUAAGUGAUUCAGUAAAGGGUUUGGGCUCCCGUAGCAAACUAAUACUAGAUAAUAAGGAAAUGGGGGUGAAAUAUUUUUUUAUUGUUGUUAAAUCAUUUUGUGAAUGUCCCCCUCAAAAGAAGCUAAUGGAAUAUUUGGCAUAAAGGGCAUUUGGUGGUUUUAUUUUUGUUUGGGGGGGAUUGUCUGAAAAUCCCUUUUCUCUCUUAUGUCUGACUAGGGAACAAUUGUUGAUAUGCAUAGCAUUGGAAUACUUAUCACCAUAUACUCUUAUAAAUAACACAUGAAGCAAGAAUGACCAAUAUUCUGAUAAUUGGCACUGGGUCACAAAAUAAAAUGUGAUUAAAUUUUAAAUAUAUAAAACUUUAUCAAAUAAAGUUUUAUUUACCCCAUUAAAGUAUUUCUUUACUUUCUUAUUUAGAGGCAUUACUUUACUCUUUUCUAAAUAUUGGUCAAUUCCUGACAUAAGAUGUGAGGUUCACAGUUGUAUUCCAGUAUUCAAGAUAGAUUCCUGAUUUUGCAAUGAGGAAAAGUAAAAUCCAAAACAUUAGCAAAACAAAGUGCAAUAUUAAAUGUUUGCUUUAUAGAUUAUAUUCUAUGGCUGUUUGUAAUUUCUCUUUUUUUUCCUGUUUUAUUUGGUGCUGAAUAUGUCCUUGUAGGCUCUGUUUUAAGAAAACAAUAUGUGGGAAAUGAUUUAAUUUUUCCUAUUGCUCUUCCUUGUGGAAAAUAAAGUGUUUUGUUUUUUUCUUUUUUGUAAAA